AUGUCCUUCUGGAAUUGGCAGGACCGACAAGUGCAAGAAGGGAGGCGAACUCCCGGUCUGGUGGAUAAGCAAGGUUAUAUGCGCCAGGUGGUUCUACGUCUAGUAGUGCAAUCAGGAAUAAUAGCGCUUCGAGUGCAGGUCAGGGGCAAGAGGGGGAGUUUAAGAAGUAUGGUUUUGAAGAGAACUACCACAAAACAGAUCACCGCCUCCUUCCCCUCCUCUUCAUCAAACCCUUCCUCACCUCCAUCCUCCCGACCCUCCCCAAUCCUAAUCGACGUCCGCGAACCCGCCGAACUCCUUGAAACCGGCAUAAUACCCACCGCCCUCAACAUCCCCAUCGGCACGCACCCAGACGCCCUCUUCCUCUCCCCCGACGAAUUCUUCACACGUAUGGGCUUUGAGAAACCCGAGGCAGACACAUCGCCACAAUCAGCAACAUCAUCAUCGACUUCGUCGGCUUCGUCGGCUUCGUCAACGGCGGAAAAACCUGACAUCGUGUUCUAUUGCAAGGCGGGGGUGCGGGCACGGGCUAUGGCGGAGUUGGCGGUUAAGGCUGGGUAUGAUAGGGGGAGGCUGGGGGUUUAUGAUGGGAGUUGGUUGGAUUGGGAGAGCAGGGGGGGAAGGGUGGAGCGGUGGGAUGGUGGGAGAGAGUGA